AUAAAAAGGACCUCUUUGGUUUAGGGGGAAUUCAUCGUUGUUUCUGUUCUUCAUAUUUCUCAGAUCCGUAUCGCUCAUCAGAAAUUCCCUAGUUUCCUCUCUCAAGAUGCAAAUCUUUGUGAAAACACUCACCGGAAAGACCAUCACCCUUGAAGUCGAGAGCUCGGACACCAUUGACAAUGUUAAGGCAAAAAUCCAGGACAAGGAAGGAAUUCCUCCGGACCAGCAAAGGCUUAUCUUUGCCGGAAAACAGCUCGAAGAUGGCCGCACCUUGGCCGACUACAACAUCCAAAAGGAGUCAACCCUCCACCUGGUUCUCCGGUUGAGAGGUGGUAUGCAGAUCUUCGUGAAGACUCUUACUGGCAAGACGAUCACCCUCGAGGUGGAAAGCUCCGACACCAUUGACAAUGUGAAGGCCAAGAUUCAGGACAAAGAAGGAAUCCCACCCGACCAACAAAGACUCAUCUUUGCCGGGAAGCAGCUGGAAGAUGGCAGGACCCUUGCUGAUUACAACAUCCAGAAGGAAUCCACCCUCCACCUCGUCCUUCGCCUUCGUGGUGGUAUGCAGAUUUUCGUGAAGACCCUUACUGGGAAGACCAUCACCCUCGAGGUGGAGAGCUCGGACACUAUUGACAAUGUCAAGGCUAAGAUCCAGGACAAAGAAGGGAUCCCACCUGACCAGCAAAGGCUCAUCUUUGCCGGGAAGCAGCUCGAGGACGGAAGAACCCUUGCGGAUUACAAUAUCCAGAAGGAGUCCACUCUCCACCUCGUGCUCCGACUCCGUGGUGGAAUGCAGAUCUUUGUGAAGACACUCACGGGCAAGACCAUCACUCUGGAGGUAGAGAGCUCGGACACAAUCGACAAUGUGAAAGCAAAGAUUCAAGACAAGGAGGGUAUUCCCCCGGACCAGCAGAGACUCAUCUUUGCAGGGAAGCAGCUGGAGGACGGAAGAACCCUAGCGGAUUACAAUAUCCAGAAGGAAUCAACCCUUCAUCUCGUGCUCCGUCUCCGUGGUGGGAUGCAGAUCUUUGUGAAGACAUUGACGGGGAAGACGAUAACAUUGGAGGUGGAGAGCUCAGACACGAUCGAUAAUGUGAAGGCGAAGAUCCAAGACAAGGAGGGGAUACCGCCGGACCAGCAGAGGCUCAUCUUUGCAGGGAAGCAGCUGGAAGAUGGUCGUACUUUGGCUGAUUACAACAUCCAGAAGGAGUCGACCCUUCAUCUUGUUCUCCGUCUCCGUGGUGGUAACCUCUAAAAGCAUAUGCGGGGUGUGAAAGUGGUAAUGCACUUGGAGCCGGAGGAUGUGUCUCCUGGUUAAGUACCUAAUUGUGUUGCGUAUUUCCUUUUCUGUCUCGUGCUUUUGAACAUUGAUGGUAAUAAAUUUCCAAGUGCUCUACAAUUCCUAGUA